AAAUCAGUCAGUUACAAGAGGUUACUAGAGAAAAUUCGGUGCAGAUUACUUUCCAUCCCAAGCAACGCCUACAGUAAGGGGUUCAAGGCCUUUGCCGUGUCGACGCAAGUCAAACCGGCUUUGGUAUAUAUAUGCCUUCAAGACGACGUCAUCAAUCCGUUCAUUCUUACGCGGACCGUCUCGGGAACUCUAGAGUAGUUCGAGUCUGAACAACAACCUCCCUCUUCCCCUUUCAUUUCAUUGUCCCCUACACGACACUUAUCGUCAUGUCUCAGUCCGAGAUUCGCGAUGCCCGUCGGCCCUCUCAGGCCGAGAAUCAGACCAUUCUCAAAUCUGAGAUCCCUUUGAAAGAGCGCUUUUUCCGUUACUUUCAACAUGAGAUCACUGCUCUGCAAGAACAGAUGGACCGUCUCGCGGAUACCUCUCUUGUGGGAGGAGAACGGACGGAUGCGACCGACCACUGCCUAGCUGGCAUUGCCCGAUUGUCCAACGAAGUCAAGGACGCAGCGAGCUAUAUCCCCACAUAUGAUCAGCGCAUAUAUGCGGAAGCUAUCAAGGCCCUCCAGGAUAAGCUAGUUGAGACUCGGGCGACGGUCGAGCCGCGCCCUAAGUUCAGCUUCAAGACUAAGAAAAAUGCUUCGGCAAUUUCCUUGUCUGAUGCGGCCAACAUAGUUUAUCAUGGUCGGAGUAUGCCUGGAUACCUCUCGCCGGGAACAUCCUCAGUGGAUUCAUCCGCCGCUCAGACCCCCAAUUAUCCCUCUACGCCGUUGAAUGAGCCGGAUCGUAUCCUGCAACCAAGAGCAGAAAUUGCCCCGACUUCUUUCCCAGCUCUCCCGACCAUUGAUGUGGACGACGGUGAAGACAAGUCGAGGAACGAGAAGGGUAAGGCCUUUGCGGCCACUGCUGUGUCAUCUGUGUCCGUGAACAACCAUGUUGGGCUCCAUAUCAUGCUUCCAUCCUCCGGUUCGACGGCUACAGUGCCUGCCUCUAUCACGUCCUUACGCCAUUGCGUCGUGGACAUGUCCAUCCCCACUGCCAACGGCAAGCCCUACGCCAGUCUAACGAUCAAGGGCGUCAAAGAGAGCCUGCUAGUUUGCGGACAGAUUAACGGUCCAGCCCACAUCACCGAUGUGGAAAACACUACCAUCGUAGUGACCUGCCGCCAAUUCCGCAUGCACAACUGUUCUAACGUGGAUGUGUACCUGAGCGCAUCCAGCAACCCGAUUAUUGAGGACUGCACCAAUAUUCGAUUUGCCCAGAUACCAAGAGUAUACGCUUUGGACCAUGACCACCCGGACAGUGAAGACCACUGGAGCCAGGUUGAAGAUUUCAAAUGGAUCAAGCCCGAACCCAGCCCUAAUUGGAGUUUGAUUCCUCGUGAGAGCGCGGUCCCCGAGGAAGUAUGGGCUGAAAUCGUUCCUGGUGGCCCAGGAUGGUCCCUAGACGACAUUCUACGCGCGAUUAACAUUGCCAACUAGUGACUACUUUUCACACCUGGCAUGCAAAUAUUCUGUCAUAGGUUAUGAAACGUUUGACGCAGAUAACGCACUUUGACUAGGGAUCUCUACACCAUUUAGUCGAUCCAUCUGGUUGCCAUUAUGUUCUCGUUCAGUUCGGAGGCCGAGUUGUCUCCUUUAUCACAUGUCAGUUGACUUUCUAAUUUACUAUGCUAUGAAAUUCCUGUGAACUGCGCACAUCAAGAUUGCAUUUAUGGAACGGGGCGUUUUUGGCCAACCCAUCUCUUUCCACUCUUACUCUUUCGCUUGUACUUGUAUAUGGUGCAGGCAUCAAUCAGAACACCGACAGCAUGUCGGUUAUUACAUAUUGUUAAUUCAUUGCUUCAAUGCUUUAAUGGACAUAAUCAUGAACAACAAAAUCGAUCUACCAAUCUAUCAAGGAAUAUAUACAC